AUGGCUACUCGAAAAUGCGCCGCGGUUGUUGUCGGAGCUGGCCCGGCCGGCGUCGCUGUCAUCGGAAACUUGCUGGAACGUCAACUAGGCACGAUAGCAUGGAUCGACCCAUAUUUCGAAGCCGGCAGAGUCAACAAGAACUAUCGCGAAGUCCCUAGCAACACCAAGGUAUCUCUAUUCCAAGCCUACGCAAAAGCAACCACGCCCUUCCAAAAGGCAAUCGAAAACACAAGCCUCCCAAACGCCUUUACAGCCCUAGAAAAGCUAGACCAAGACAAAACAUGCCACCUCCACUACGCAGCCGACAUGGUCCGCGGCCUAACAGACGGCCUGCAAAAGAUGGACGAAGUAUACGCCUGCCGGGGCUUCGUCUCAGCAGCAAAUCUAAGCGAAAGAUCAGGCACUCCAACUUGGACAAUCCGCAUCACACAAAAAGACAAUCCAGCAGAUCUCCAAAUCGAAACAGCCCGCCUGAUCCUCUGCACAGGUUCCCACCCAACGACAGUGCCCCUCCCAAUCCAAGACCCAACCCUCCAACGCCUGGAUCUGGACCUAGUGCUGAAACCAAGCGCGUUGGCUAAACACCUCCGCGCUGACAUCCCCGUCACAACAGCCGUCGUCGGUGCUUCCCACAGCGCCAUCCUAGCCCUCCUCAACUUAAUCAACCUAAACAAUACAACACACCCGAACCUCCGAGUGAAAUGGUUUACGCGCCACCCGCUCCGCUACGCAGAAUAUAAAGACGGCUGGAUCCUCCGCGAUAACACAGGACUUAAAGGAAUGGCCGCUGAAUUCGCGCGCACUCAACUCGAAGACGAUAAGCUAGCAACAUCGCCAGCCGGCAAAGUUGUCACCAAGAUCGAUUGCGGCGGUGGACGUGAAGCCGAAGCGGAGAUGUAUCAGCGUCAUAUGCCGGGCUGUGAUUACGUUGUUCAGGCUGUGGGAUAUACGCGUGAUCCAUUGCCGCAGUUGAAGAAGGAGGGUGCGCCACUUGCUAUUGAGUUUGAUCAUGGCAAUGGUCGUUUCCAUCAGACUGGUGGUGCGGAUGUUCCUGGUUUGUUUGGGGCUGGUAUUGCUUUCCCUGAAAGGGUUGUUGAUCCGCUUGGGAAUGUUGAGUAUGCGGUUGGGUUCUUUAAGUUUAUGAAGUUUUUGAAGAGGGUUGUGCCGACGUGGUGA